AGUACUACAGAGCCUCACUGGGGUGUCAGCGCGCGUCGCACACGGUUGGGAACCGGGAGAAAUCACAAGUACACAGGGUGGAAGCCGACAAGAUCUGAUACGGCGUCGAUUGCAAAGACAGCACAGACUCUGGCUAAUUCCUUCAGUUGGCUUUAAACUCGCAGCCCUGUUAAAGGAUCCCACUGCUGGGCUCUACUCUGCUCUCCCGCUUGCCAAACCCAAAAUCACGACAAGCCACUGCGUGUACCUAAAAGGACAAGAGGGUUUGUUUGGUGUUUAUGGGGUUUUCAACUGGAUUAUCACUUUCAACAAAUACACACAAGUGGGCAGCCGCCGGAGUCAAAUCAAGGGAUUAUAAUUGUUGGUAAAGCUCUUGGUUUUGCUUGCAACGUCUUCUUCCCCGAGCAGCAGAGAGCAAAGUACUGAUAAAUCUACCUCACCUGGACUUUGGACCUGAGUAAGGAGCUUCUCGAUAAAGUGCACUUGACACAAUCGGCACCGACAAGAUCUAGGGAGACCGAAUUCGUACUUGAGCAGCUGAGAGGGAAACUAAAAAUCCUGAGAACAUGCCUCUUGCUCAGAUCGCAGAGCCAUGGCCCACAAUGGAACUAUUGCAGCUGGAAACGGAGAAUGGGCAGAGCAUUGCUGAGGAUGGAGUCACACCUGCUGUCAAGAACGUGUCUCAUAUCACCUGGAUAGAGAGGGACUUUGCCAAUAUUAAAGUCCAGGAAGAUGGAGAUAUCAAGGAGAUCAACAUUACCCAUGUGGUCAAGGAGGGCUCAGAGAAGGCUGAUGCCUCUCAGUUUGAACUGCUCAAAGUGUUGGGACAGGGAUCCUUUGGCAAGGUGUUCCUGGUGCGAAAGGUGACCCAUCCCGAUGCCAACCAGCUCUAUGCCAUGAAGGUCCUCAAGAAGGCCACACUCAAAGUGAGAGACCGUGUGAGAACCAAGAUGGAGAGAGACAUCCUGGCAGACGUCAACCACCCAUUUGUUGUCAAACUGCACUAUGCAUUCCAAACUGAAGGGAAGUUGUACUUGAUCCUGGACUUUCUCAGAGGAGGUGAUCUCUUCACUCGGCUCUCUAAAGAGGUGAUGUUCACAGAAGAGGAUGUGAAGUUUUAUCUAGCAGAGCUGGCAUUAGGACUGGACCACCUCCAUGGCCUGGGCAUCAUUUACAGGGACCUCAAACCUGAAAACAUUCUCCUAGAUGAGGAGGGACAUAUCAAACUUACAGAUUUUGGCUUGUGUAAAGAAGCCAUUGAUCAUGAGAAGAAAGCGUAUUCCUUCUGUGGUACUGUGGAGUACAUGGCACCAGAGGUUGUGAACAGGCAGGGACACGACCACAGUGCCGACUGGUGGUCAUUUGGAGUACUAAUGUUUGAAAUGUUGACUGGAUCACUGCCAUUUCAAGGGAAGGACCGCAAAGAAACAAUGAACCUGAUUCUGAAGGCGCGUCUGGGAAUGCCUCAGUUCCUGAGUGCGGAGGCCCAAUCUAUGCUCAGGGCCUUGUUCAAGAGAAACCCUGCCAACAGACUGGGAUCUGGUGCUGAUGGUGCAGAAGAGCUCAAACGGCAUGGUUUCUUCUCCACCAUAGACUGGAAUAAACUCUUCAGAAGAGAAUUAAAACCUCCGUUCAAACCGGCGGUAGCGCGUCCGGACGACACCUUCUACUUUGACUCUGAGUUCACCUCCCGCACCCCUAAAGAUUCCCCCGGCGUGCCCCCCAGUGCCGGAGCUCACCAGCUCUUCCGAGGCUUUAGCUUUAUUGCGUCGACUCUGUUGGAGAAGGAAGGUUCAGUGGAGCCAGCCAAGGCCCCUCCACACCCAGUAGUCCAGCAAUUACACGGAAAGAACCUGCUGUUCAGCGACGGCUACAUAUUAAAGGAAGACAUUGGCAUGGGCUCCUUCUCUGUCUGUAAACGAUGUAUCCACAAAGCCACCAACACAGAAUACGCUGUCAAGAUGAUUGAUAAGACCAGCACAGACCCCUCUGAGGAGAUUGAGAUUCUACUUAGAUAUGGACAGCACCCCAACAUCAUCACACUGAAGGAUGUGUACGACAACGGUAAGCAGGUGUUCAUGGUGACGGAGCUGAUGCGUGGAGGAGAGCUGCUGGAUCGGAUCCUCAAACAGAAGUUCUUUUCGGAGAGAGAGGCCAGCGCUGUGCUUCAUACCAUCACCAAGACUGUAGAGUACCUGCACUCACAGGGGGUGGUGCACAGAGACCUGAAGCCCAGCAACAUCCUCUAUGUUGACGAGUCGGGGAACCCAGAGUCUAUCAGGAUCUGUGACUUUGGCUUCGCUAAGCAAUUGCGUGCCAACAACGGCCUGCUGAUGACCCCGUGCUACACUGCUAACUUUGUAGCUCCUGAGGUGUUGAAGCGUCAGGGCUAUGAUGAAGGAUGUGACAUCUGGAGUCUGGGAGUCUUACUGUACACCAUGAUGGCCGGUUUUACUCCAUUUGCUAACGGACCUGAGGACACACCAAAUGAGAUCCUGAACAGGAUAGGCAAUGGUCACUUCAGUCUGACUGGAGGCAACUGGGACACUGUGUCCGAGGCGGCCAAGGACCUUGUGUCCAAGAUGCUUCAUGUGGACCCCCAUCAGAGACUGACUGCUAAGCAGGUCCUCAAACAUCCCUGGAUUGUUCAGAGAGACAAACUACCCAACAGCCAGCUCCCACACCAGGACCCCAAACUGGUCAAGGGUGCGAUGGCAGCCACCUACUCUGCCCUGAAGAACUCCCAACCAACUCCAGAGCUCAAGCCCAUCGAGAGCUCCUUCCUAGCUCAGAGGCGCGUUAAAAAGCUUCCCUCCACCUCCCUGUAGAGACUCAAAUCCACCAAUUGGCUCACUGGAGACUGACCAAAACUGCACCUCCUGACUCCAACCACCCAGUUAGCACGGGGACUCAAGUGUCCACUCGCCUCUACCAGCCAAGGAACGCUGACUGUGGUCAAUUGUCCUGCUCCUGCUAUCAUCCUCCUUGUUCGGGGUUGUCAGCUGCUGUUUGCCAGUCUCCUUGGACUAGCAAAAGAUCGUGAAGAUAGAUGGGGGCGAUGAGGG